CCCUAGUCCAACUUGACAUUUCCCGCGUAACCAGAAACAUGGCCGGCGUGGUGUUGGCGACGGCAGGCUACGACCAUACUAUCCGCUUCUGGGAAGCCGCGUCGGGCACCUGCAACCGCACCGUCAAGUACCCAGACUCGCAAGUGAACUGCCUACAGAUCACGCCGGACAAGAAAUACAUCGCGGCGGCGGGUAACCCGCACAUCCGCCUCUUUGAGAUCAAUAGCAACAAUCCCAACCAUGUAACCAGUUACGAUGGCCACUCCAGCAACGUCACGUCGCUGGGUUUCCAGCGCCACGGCAAGUGGAUGUACUCGUGCUCGGACGACGGCAGUGUAAAGAUCUGGGACCUCCGUGCCCCCGGCUGCCAGCGCAGUUACGCUGCUGGAGUACCCCUUAACUCAGUGGUGUUACACCCGAACCAGGCCGAGUUGCUCGUGGGCGACCAGAACGGAGCCGUCCGUGUGUACGACCUCACCGCCAAUGCCAUGGCCACAAAACUAGAGCCGCCGACGGGCGAGACGGGAGAAAGCAGUAUCCGCUCCGUGGAUAUCGUGCGUGAUGGCAGUGCACUCGUAGCAGCUAAUAACCACGGCAAGUGCUUCUUCUACCGUCCGAAACCCGAGGGACACUAUGAGUUACACGGCUCGAUCCAGGCACACAAUGGCUACAUUCUCAAGACACGGAUCAGUGCGAACGGCAAGUUCCUGGCGACGUGUUCGUCGGAUAAAACCGCCAAAGUGUGGAGUUUACCGACGGCUAUGGCUGCGUCGGCGAACGGCGAAGUGGCUGAACCGGAGAUGCACGGCAACGGGUCGAUCAGCUCGCAGCGACAGAUGAGCUCCUCCAGUAUGAGCUCCACACUGGGCCCGUCGACGCCGCCUGUCCCGAGCAGUACGGGGCUCAUCCACACACUGCAGGGUCAUCAGCGGUGGGUGUGGGACUGCGCGUUCUCAGCUGUAUCGUCGUAUUUGGUGACGUGUUCGUCCGACCAGAGCGCUCGACUCUGGGACUUGAGUCAGGGCGAAGCCAUCCGCCAGUACAGCGGCCACCACAAGGCCGUCAUCUGUGUGGCGCUUAAUGACGCUGUUGCGGACUAAACUAGCAGAAAUAGGAUGAAGAUGAUGGUGUAUAAAGAAGUUACGCUUUAGUCUGGUCUUCUACGUGAAGGUCUUCUUGGUCAUAAUGGCGUAGAACUCCUCGGCAUUGAUCUCUCCGUCCUGGUCCGUGUCGGCGCGCUCGAUCAUCUCGAGCAGCUCAGCGUCCGUCAUGGUCUCGCCUAGUUCCUUGGCUACGCGCUUGAGGUUACGCAGCGAGAUCUUACCCGUCUGAUCGUCGUCGAAGAGGUU